AUUUCAUAUUUCAGAUGUUCCACUAUAUACUUUAGAUUAUAUCCUGAAAAAGCUGAGAAAAGCUUUCAAUCUUUUUAGUUGGCAGGAUAUGUCAAAAUUUUUGUGAUGUCGAUGUUGAGGGAGCGAGGGCAGUAUGCAUUUGAAGAAAAGUGGCCUUGUAUGCGUCCUAUUAUAUUGAAAUUGCUGAAACAAGAGCCUGUAACUCAGGGAGAAUGGCACGAUUUAUUUUAUUCUGUCCAAGUAUGCCUUUGGGACGAAAAAGGACCCGCAAAAUUGUGCGAUGCCCUCAAGGAGGAUAUAAUGGAUUUUAUAAAACAGGCUCAACAGAGAGUCCUAGCUCAUCAAGAAGAACAAGCUUUAUUGAAAGCUUACAUAGCAGAAUGGAGAAAGUUUUUCACGCAAUGUAACUAUGUACCGUCACCUUUUAGGCAAUUAGAAACUUCACUCUCUGGAAAACUUGGUUCUAAUAUUCCAAAGAAGAAUCACUGUGAUGAAAGCAUCGUAAGAAAGUUAAUGUUAGAUAGUUGGAAUCAAAGUAUAUUUGGUGAAAUAAAACAGAGACUGCAGGAUUCUGCCAUGAGAUUAGUGCGAGCAGAAAGAAAUGGAGAAGCAUUUGAUUCUCAGCUGGUUAUUGGAGUUCGAGAGUCUUAUGUAAAUCUUUGCUCGAAUUCGGCUGACAAACUUCAAAUAUACCGGGAAAAUUUCGAGGCAGCUUACAUUGAGGCAACUGAGGCCUUCUAUAAGAUCAAAGCACCUGAACAAUUGUAUUCACAUGGCGUUGAAAAUUACAUGCGCUACGCCGAAGCAAAGCUUCGAGAAGAAGAGCUACGCGCACAAAAAUAUUUGGAGCCCAACAGUGCUAGUGUGCAGUUAUUAACUGAUUGUUGCGUCAGAGUAUUGGUUGCCAGUUUUAAACCUGCAAUUCUCGCAGAAUGUCCACGAAUGAUACAACAACACCAAACCGACAAAUUGCGGCUCAUGUUGAAAUUAAUGGACAGAGUGCAGGACGGUGUGAUUCCAAUGCUGCGAGAUUUGGAGGAUCAUAUAGCAAGUGCCGGACUAGCAGAUAUGAUGGCUGCCGUUGACGUAAUCACUCAAGAUUCUGAGAAAUAUGUCGAGAGGCUGUUGGAUCUGUUCAGGCGCUUUUCAAUUCUCGUGAAAGAGGCAUUCGACGAUGAUCCGCGGUUUUUGACCGCACGAGAUAAGGCGUACAAACUUGUUGUAAACGAUGCGACUGUAUUUAGACUAGAACUGCCCGUGCGACAAGGAGCUGCUUCUUCUUCUGCCGCUGGAAUUCCCCCCGCUCCUGUUGCUUUAAACAGUAAACCAAAUAGCAAUAACAACAUUCAACCUGAGUCCAAGUGUCCCGAAUUGCUAGCAAACUAUUGCGACAUGUUACUUAGAAAAACACCACUUAGCAAAAAACUUACUUCCGAUGAAAUCGAAAGUAAAUUACGAGAUGUGUUACUAGUAUUGAAAUACGUUCAGAAUAAGGAUGUGUUUAUGCGAUAUCAUAAGGCACAUUUAACAAGGCGCUUAAUAUUGGACACGUCGGCCGAUUCGGAAAAGGAGGAAAACAUGGUAGAAUGGCUGCGAGAAGUCGGCAUGCCUGCUGAUUAUGUCAAUAAACUGGCACGAAUGUUUCAAGAUAUCAAAGUCUCUCAAGAUCUCAAUCAACAAUUUAAGGAACAAUGUCGAGCUGUUAUUGCCGACAGUAUUAAUAUUAAGAUUCUAAAUGCUGGUGCGUGGGCGAGAGGUAGCGAAAGAGUAACUGUCAGCUUACCUCUUCAACUGGAAGAUUAUAUUCCAGAGGUGGAAGAAUUUUACAAAAAGAAACAUAGUGGGCGAAAACUUCAGUGGUAUCACCAUAUGUCAAACGGAACGAUAACAUUUUCGAAUCAAGUCGGUCGAUUCGAUGUGGACGUUACAACCUUUCAAAUGGCUGUAUUAUUUGCUUGGAAUCAACGACCACUUGAAAGAAUCUCCUAUGAAAAUCUCCGCCUGGCCACGGAGCUUCCAGAUCCAGAAUUGAGACGCACACUGUGGUCUUUGUGCGCCUUUCCCAAAUUGAAGAGACAACUUCUUCUGGUUGAUCCCAUAGCACACAGUCCUAAGGAUUUUGCACACGAUACGAGAUUUUGGGUUAAUCAGGACUUUGCCAUUGUGAAAAACAAUAAACUUCAAAAACGAGGGAAGAUAAAUCUAAUUGGACGUUUACAACUAUCAACGGAACGAAGUAAGGAGGAAGACAACCAAUCAAUUGUGCAGCUUAGGAUUUUACGCCUUCAAGAAGCAAUUAUUAAAAUUCUCAAGAUGAGGAAGAAAAUUAACAACGCUCAACUACAAACUGAAUUAGUGGAUAUUCUGAAAAAUAUGUUUUUGCCAAGUAAAAAAAUGAUUAAAGAACAAAUUGAGUGGCUUAUAGAACAUAAAUAUAUUCGCCGACAAGAAGAUGAUAUUAAUACCUUUGUGUACAUGACAUAAUUCAAGUUUUGGUUAAAAGUUUUUAAGCUUUUAUUAUUAACUUAUAUAUUUUUGUAUAUCUGUAUUUCGUUUUAGAAUUGUUCGUUUGUGAUUGUUCGGAACAUAGGAAUAUUUGAAUGAGACACUUUUAAAAUUGGGAGAUUUAUCCUAUUCUCCAUUAGUUUCGAUACAUCACGUGAUUAAUAUUCGUUCACUUAGAAUAUUUCAUUAUAAAGGUGCUUGUUUUAAAUUUACCCUUUUUUUACAAUCAAUUGAUUGUUAUAAAUUUAUAAUAUUUUUAAAUUUAUCAAAAACUGCGUCUUUAUUUGUAAAAAAGAAUCUCUUGUAUUGAUAAUAAUUGAAAUUUUUUCUAGUUCAACAUUUUAUAGAAUACUGAAUAUUUUCUUUUUAACAAGUUUUACACUUUACUGAUUACAUAAUGAGUUCCUAUGUAAUUCUUGAAUUUAGUAGUAUCAGUCAAGUGUUUUUAAUUCAUUUUUAAAUUUGUACAGAUUUUUAUAAUAAGCAAGCAAUACUAAAAUUGCUAAUUACGGAUUUGUCAGUAUUAGAGAUUCUGCAAAAAUUAUAUUUACGCUUUGAAAAUACUGAGCAACUGUUGGUAUUAAGACAAGUGAAAAUAAAAAAAAACUCUAAAAAUCAAAUUAUAAAAUAGACGAAUGGAUUUAUUUAAGGAAAUCGAUUGUAACAAUGAACGCAUUUUAAAAAGCAAGGAUAAUAUUGGAGGAUGGUAUCAAUUUCUGCGUUUAAUGUAUGUCUCAAAAUCGUCUGUAUGUUUGUAAUUUUUUUCACAUGAUAAUAUUAACUUGUAUAAAGCCUUUGUAAUAUUAAAAUGUUAAGAAUGUAAAGAAAAAAAUGACUUAUUCCUUUAAUGGAAUAAAUUAAAGGCCAAAUUUUUCACAAA